UCCACAGCUUCCAAGGAAGUUCAUAACCUGGAAAAAUCCCCCUUCAAUCAGUUCUGGAGCUCAAGACUAAUUUCUUUCCCUCUCCUUCUCCACCCCCCAUUCACCCCCACGCCAAUCCCUCGCCUGAAACAAUGCUAGCUCUACAGCAACAGCAGCAGCAACAGCAGCAACCACGAAGUAGGAGCAGUAGUAACAGUCCCAGGACACUAUCUUCCAGACGACAACAAGUCCAUCCUGAGGCUUUCUCGUCGAGAUACGGAGCCGGCAAAUCCAGCACUCGAGUCCUCAGAACACGAUCCCGUGAACAACAAUCAGUUGCAUCUCGUCGUCUACAUCGUCGACGGGAAACCCCUGACAGUCCUCCGGAUGGCAGCUCCCUCACCCCCGCAGCGGUGACCCUGUGCGUAGGGCCCGAGAAGCGUCUCUUCGCAGCCCACAAGGACAUCAUCUGCGUGUCCCCCUAUUUCGCCGCCGCCUGCGCCCGGGCUCGCUCGACGACCGACCCAAACCACACCAACAACCCCAUCCACCUCCCCGACGAACAGCCCGAGAUCCUGUCCUGCAUCCUCGAAUACCUCUACCGAGGCGACUACUACCCCCGUAUCCUGCACAACAAGACCCGCAACACUUGGGAGCUGGAGACGGCCUCCUCUCCGACGGGGAGUAGCGACGCCGACCCAGAUGGCGCAACCAUCUUUCACCCGGGCGUCGGCGCAGGCAUCCUGCGUGAUACAGCCGUAUACUGCGCCGCCCAAAAAUACGGCCUCGAGAGCCUGAAACGCCUCGCCCUCCGCAAACAAGGCCUCCACUCAGGCAUCUCGUGUAGCACGAUCCUGACCAGCGCGCGCUACGCCUACGCCCACACCCCGGACACCGAGUCCAAGCUGCGCGCGCACUACCUGGCCCUCAUCAUCCGGAGCCGGUCGACCUUCAAGCGCAGCGGCACGAUGCAGAUGGAGAUGGAGCAGGGCGGGAAGCUGUUCUUUGAUUUGUUUGUUGCUAUGUGUAAUCAUAUGGAAGAUGACGGUAUUUGGAAUAUGGGGGCGGGCCCCUGCUGGUUUUCAUGA